GUUGUCAAUUUAUCAUUUCACUUUAUUUGUUUUUUGUUAUCAAUACAAAAAGAUACAGGGGUAAAUCUUGUAAAAGUACUCGUAUAUAAAACUUUAAAGUAUCAAUUUAAUAUUGUUCGGAAUGCACACUGAUUUGUCUCCACAUUUACAUACUGACGAGUGUAAUAUUUUCAUAAGGAAAUUGCAAGACUGUCAUGUUGAGCAUUCAUUCUUAAAAUUCGUUGGCUAUUGUAAUGAUUAUGACAGUGAUAUGAGACGGUGUUUAAAGGCGGAACGUUUACAACGUCAAAAACGGCAUUUUGAGGAAUCCAAGAAGAAACACGAAGCCAUUCGGGCCAGGAUUUUGGCUGCCCAACGUCAAGAAGCAAAGCAAUAA